AUGGCACCACUGAUGAAUUACUGCAUGUGUUUGGCUGUUCUCUCGUCAGCAGUGACCGCGAGCCAUGCCUUAAGAAGAAUCUCUUUGAAGAAAAUGCCGUCUAUCAGAGAGACAAUGAGGGAGAUGAGCAUUUCUGCAGAGCAGAUCUUGACUGAGUUGGCCCAGAAGAGCACAGACGACAACAAAAACGGGACUGUUCCCACACCUCUUACCAACUACUUGGACACUCAGUACUUUGGGGAAAUCAGCAUCGGCUCUCCGGCCCAGAUGUUCAACGUGGUGUUUGACACAGGCUCAGCCAACCUGUGGGUGCCCUCGCAGAGCUGCUCACCUUUCUCCACUGCCUGUUAUACCCACAACAGGUAUGAUGCCUCCAAAUCUUGGACUUAUGUUGAGAAUGGAACCGGAUUUUCCAUCCAGUAUGCCUCUGGAAAUGUCAGGGGUUUUCUGAGCGAGGAUGUGGUCGUGGUGGGUGGUAUCCCUGUGGUGCAGGUGUUUGCUGAAGCAACCUCUCUGUCUGCCAUGCCCUUUAUCUUUGCCAAGUUUGAUGGUGUUCUGGGGAUGGGUUACCCCAACGUGGCCAUCGAUGGCAUCACUCCUGUGUUUGACCGCAUCAUGUCUCAGCAUGUCCUCAAGGAAGAGGUGUUCUCUGUCUACUACAGCAGGGACCCAAAACACUCCCCAGGUGGAGAGCUGGUCCUUGGUGGCACAGACCCAAACUACUACACUGGAAACUUUAAUUAUAUGGACACCAGAGAGACGGGCAAAUGGGAAGUUACCAUGAAAGGUGUUUCUGUAGGGAUGGAGAUGAUGUUUUGUGCAGAGGGCUGCACAGCUGUGAUUGACACCGGCUCCUCCUACAUCACUGGCCCAGCCUCCUCUGUGUCCGUGCUGAUGCAAACCAUCGGAGCACAGCUGGAUGAAAGUGGAUACAAAGUCAACUGCAACACUGUCAAGUCGUUGCCCAGUGUGACUUUCCACCUGGGUGGCCAAGAAUACUCACUCACUCAGGAGGAUUACAUCUUAUGGCAAUCACACAUUGAAGGGGACGUCUGCACUGUCACCUUCAGGGCCUUAGAUGUGCCGCCCCCUACAGGACCCAUCUGGAUUUUGGGAGCCAACUUCAUUGCCCGCUACUACACAGAGUUUGACCGUCGCAAUAAUCGGAUAGGGUUUGCUACAGCAGUCUGAUGGAAGGUUAAACGUCAGCCAUGUUGCUCUGUUUUCUUUUUCUCUAUCUUUGCUGCAAUCUCCUCUUUGUCCAGUCCUCCCUUUAGU